AUGGCUAAUAAACUGGCCUCAUACAGCUCCUCAGCUGCAGACAAUCAGGACGGUCCUAAUGGGCUGAAAAAUCUGUUGACAGCCCGAAUGGGAAUGCACAAGUUCGGCAACGUGGGACAUCCUAAGGAUAAUGAUCAGGAGUUGAAGUUCACAGACCUGAAAAUAAUAGUUGAAGGCAAAGAGUUUGAAGUCCACCAAAAUGUUCUAGCUUCCUGCAGCUUGUAUUUCAAGGACCUGGUGAAAAGGUUGUUGGGGGAGACUAGAAAUGGCGAGGUGCUGGAGCUGACCAUGAGCAACAUCAGCGCCGGCAUUCUGGAGAUGCUGCUCGAGUUGGUCACUGCAAAGACUCUGCUGGAGGCCGCCAAGAAGUUCCAAUUCAACACCUUAAGUGUGCGUCUCCCUCCUCAACCCUCCAAGGAAUAGGAGCAGCUCAGAGCACAGGAGUGUGUGUGUCAUAUUUGCUUAGAACAGUCUACACUAGUACUUCUCACAUCAGAUAUUACGAGGACCUUUCUAUACAUAUGCAUAUC